GCAAGAGGCCCUCCAAGUGGGGCCCGCGCAGAGCAAGCGCAACGGGCACGUCGAGGGCACCCUCUCCAACGGGGCGGCGCUUGCCGCUUCCAACGGACACUUGCCAAACACGCCCAUUUGAGCGCCGGCACUCCAGAUUAAGCAACGUCAUCACAUGACGACAUCACCAGACUGCCUCCCCUCCCUUCCCUCCUUCCUCUCUCCCGGACUGCAAGUCUGCAAAAAGUCUGCAGCGGCCCGUUUGCUGCAGUGCCAUCACACACAUACACAAUCUCACACUCUAAUUUUAGCAGCUUGCCUGUCCAACAACGGCAUCCUGACCGAGAAGAGGUUGCUUGGCAACUCAGCACAGGUAAGAACACCUUUGUUUUUCUAUAUGUUUCUCAUGAGAUGCAUGGAUGUCCCUCCAGAGCACACCCAAAGUCAUACUGCAGUCGCCUCCCACUUUGCUGCAGUGUACCUUGACCAAUUUUAUUUAAUAGUCCACAAAUGGCAGCAUUGAAGGAAAUUAAUAAAAAUUGUAAAAUCAAAAUGUGCAUUUGUACUGCAUAUGACAAAAUGUUUUGAACAUGAUUGAUGGCGUGCCUAAUGAUUUGGCUCGUCACCUGUCUCUUUAAGAGGCCUCUCUCUCUGGUCUAAGUCUGCUGGAGGAGACAGUGACGACUCAUCCACCCAUCAAAUUGUAACAAUUUGUUAUGCACUGUUUACUGCAUGUGGUCUGGAUUUACCAACAACCUGUAAAUGUGUCCCAAAACUUUUGUCCACACAAUCACAAAGGUAGCGAGAUGGCCCAGGACGAUCCGAAAGAAACGACGCCCCCGCCGGGGACGCUGAGCCCGAGCCAGCUGCAGUCCCACUUCAAGAUGGAGCCAAAGACUUUGGGGGCCAUCCAGCUGGUCAUCGCGGUGUUGAUCCUGUGCCUGAGCAUGUCCGUGCUGCGGGUGCACGAGAUCCACUUUACGGCCGACGUGGCGCUCUUCCUCGUCGUGGUCAUUCAGGUCAUUUUGUCGGGGUCUGUGUUGAUCCACAGUGGGAGGAGCCCUACUCUGUUUUGGGUCAAAUGCGCCCUGGUUCUCCAUCUGAUCAGCGCCGCGUUCGCCACCGCCGCCCUGGGGCUGAUGUCCAAGCACCUCCCGUACAGGCAGGACUCAUACCACUGCGAACACUGUCGCCGCCUGGAGUACCACGCCGUGCUACAUUGUUUCAGGAAAUGCACCGAGCUGGUCGAGCAAAAGUGCAAAAUGCUCAUUGAUGGCAUCCUGGGGACGCUGGUGAUCUUCCUGGUUCUGGAGUUGCUGAUCUGCAUUACCGCCAUGCUCUUCGGUCUGACCGUGCUCGCCGCACGCAGGACACAGGCUCCAAAUGAGCGACCUCGCUACCCACAGACCCGCCCACCACCAUCGCCAGUUGUUCACGCUGUUCGGGCGACUCCCCCUGCAGCGACCGAGCCCUUUCCAUCCCAGGUAGCCGUGGUGGUGACCGAACCUGACGCCGAUCUGCUGGAAGACAUCGCUACCCCGCCCACCGAACCUCAAGUGGAGCCCAUUUAAACUCUGCGCUGUACAAUAAUGCAAACAAACGUGAUCGGAAAAUGACAAAACAAAAAAUGUUGAUCGACACACAGCCACGAUAGAAGUCUUGAAAGAAAUAUAUCUGAAGUUCAGUUUGUAUGAUAUAAUUGAGUCACAUCACAAAUAGUGUAUUUCUGCAACUAGUGGCCAGGGGCUUUGAUUUACUUAACUGCAGUGGGCAUUAUGGUGCUAUUAUGAAAUGUAUGUACUGUUUGCAUAUUUUAUUUUUUUCAUUUAUUUAUUUCAUUGUGUUUAUUUACAACAAAAAUGUAUACUGUGCUGUAGAAAUGGCAUUUAUUGCAAGGUGGUGACUAAUUGCGGACAUACAUUGUGUUUAUCCACAAGUAUGAAAACAAUGUUAGUGGUGUUUUUCCAUAAUCUAGCAUCCACUGUACCGUUGACUUGUGUCUUUUAUCACUUGUUAAUCUGCAUUCACACUAUAGUCUGUAAAAGUGUCAAAUAGAACCUUUCAAUCAUGAGCAGAUAGUGUAAUGAUUGUGUGUUGGUACUAUACUUAUGAUAGAUUGCAUUGUUCAAUAAAUGACACAGCAGGUCCAGGAAAAA